AGAUGGCCUCCACAUUGAGGGGGCACCUCUCCGUGACGGUGGAUAAUGGCACUGCCCAUGUGGACAACAGCAGCUGUUUCAGUGCCACACAGAGCACCGUGCUGAAGGGGGUGAAUUUCGGAGGAGUGCCCGUCGUCCUGCUGAUGGACUUCUCACUCUUCGUGGUGCUGCUAAUAGUCUUCACUCUGAUCAGAAGGAGACUGUGGGAUUAUGGGAGACUCGCUCUUGUCGCAGAGACUGAAGGGUUCAGAGAUGCUAAUAAACGGCCUUACAGUAGAUUGACGUCAUCCAUGUCUGUUGAGGAGCCUGAAUACGAGAAGGGUUGCUGCUCUUGGCUCACCUUUAUUGUCAAUAUGGAUGAGACUUUGGUUCAGGAGAGAUGCGGAGUGGAUGCAGUACAUUAUCUGUCAUUUCAGAAGCACCUGGUCAUCCUGCUCUUGCUCAUCUGUGUGCUGUCUGUCAACAUCAUCCUACCAGUCAAUCUAUCCGGCGACCUGCUGGGCAACGAUCCCUACAGUUUUGGGAGAACCACCAUAGUGAAUCUUAAGCAGGGUGAUACGCUGCUUUGGCUGCACACAGUAUUUGCAGUUCUAUAUCUCAUGAUCACGGUGGCCCUGCUGAGACGACACACCUCUAAAAUGAAGGGAACCAAGAGAGAGAUAGCCAGAAACACCCUGUUUGUGAGGGCUGUACCCACUGCGGCCGGUAAUGAGACUAUUAAAACUCAAUUUAUGGAGGUGUACCCCACCUGUCAAGUGACUGAUGUUAACUUGUGUUACGAUGUUGCCAAACUGAUUGACCUGGACAGAAACAGGAAACAGGCCGAAAAAAAUCUGCGACAUUACAAUAAGAUACUCGAGUACCAGGGACGACGUGAGGUCAUCAACCCGCGCCCAUGCAGCCACCUGUGCUGCUGCUGUAGUCACUGUAAGGGCUGUGAAGUGGUUGAUGCUAUAGAGUUCUACCGCUCACAGGAGGCUGCUCUGCGUGAGGAGGAAAAUAAACGGAAGGAGGAAGAUAAACUGCAUCCUCUGGGAAUGGCAUUUGUCACCCUGCAAAAUGAGUACAUGGCCACUUAUAUUCUGAAAGAUUUCAAUGCACUGGAGUGUGGAGGCGGGGCAAGGGGUGUGGCUGGAGAAGAAAUGGGUGGGGGAAUCAGGUGUGGGUGUGGCCGGGAGCCUCAGCCAUCCUCUAAGAGCGCAGAACUGAGGGUGAACAAAUGGAAAGUGAAUUACGCUCCUCACCCACAUAAUAUCUACUGGGAGAAUUUGUCAGUACAUGGGUGGCGUUGGUGGCUACGCUUUCUGCUGCUGAAUACGGCACUCUUCUUCCUCCUCUUCUUUCUCACAACACCCUCCAUCAUCAUCAGCACCAUGGACAAGUUUAAUGUCACCAAGCCCGUUCACUAUCUGAAUAGUGCCGUUAUCAGCCAGUUCUUCCCCACUCUUCUGCUGUGGACCUUCUCGGCCCUGUUGCCCACCAUAGUGUAUUAUUCUACACUGGGAGAGGCCCACUGGACCAGGUCCAGUGAAAAUAUGAGCAUGAUGUACAAGCUUUACACCUUCCUGAUCUUCAUGGUGUUGAUUUUGCCCUCACUGGGCCUCACCAGUCUAGACGUGUUUUUCCGCUGGUUGUUUGAUAAACAGUCUGAAGGGAAGCUGAGGUUUGAGUGUGUGUUUUUACCUGAUCAGGGGGCAUUCUUUGUAAAUUACGUGAUUGCGGCAGCUCUGGUGGGCUCUGCCAUGGAGCUGCUGCGGUUGCCAGGGUUACUGCUCUACAUCGUGCGUCUGGCACUCGCACAUUCGGCUGCUGAGAGGAAAUAUGUUAAACAGAAUCAGGCGUAUGAGUUUCAGUACGGAGCGAUGUACGGAUGGACGCUGUGUGUGUUCACGGUCAUCAUGGCGUACAGCAUCACCUGUCCUGUCAUCGUCCCCUUCGGUUUGCUGUACCUGCUGCUGAAACACCUGGUGGACAAACACAACCUGUACUUCGCUUACCUGCCCGCCCGCCUCGAUCGGCAAGUUCACCUGGGAGCUGUCAAUCAAGCACUGGCUGCACCAGUCAUAUGUCUGAUGUGGCUUUAUUUCUUCUCUGUGAUCAGAACAGGCUUCAUGACGGCUACGUCACUGUUCACUUUAGUGGUUCUGUGUGUGACCAUCUUUAUCUGUAUAAGUUACACCUGCUUCGGACACUUCAAAUACCUCAGUCCGCACAACUACAACGUUAAGGAGGAAGAUGAAGACACGGCAGAUAGAGUUUCCGAGAGCUCAUCUGCAUCGGUGUAUCUUCCCAAAGUUUUGAACCCAGAUGCAUCGUCCGAAUCUGAUGAAUGCAGCAUUCGCCAUUCAUACGGCACCACAGACACAAGCCCGCCCUUCCUCGGCACAGAGGAAGAUUGUCCAGACUCCGAUAUCUAACAACAGAGAUCGACCAAUCACAACUGCCCUUUUACCUCUGGAGGAAAUGGUUCUUGCUGAAUUAGAGGUUGGAGGUCAUUGUGGAGAUGGAGGGAAUUUACUUUUAAAAACGGGAUCUUUUGAUGGUCUGCACUCUUUUCGGAAGCCAUGAUUGACGCCUCUGACCUCGUGACCCGGAUUUAAACUGCAUGGAUUGGCACCUGUUACCCCCAGCCACUGAGUCCAUGAUUGCAGAUGUGGCAUUAGCAGCACAAGGG